AUGUUUUAUUCGUCCCAGUGCCCGUUUUGGCCCCCGGGAAGCACCCACGGAGCAGCGGGCACCCUCGGAGUGGGAGGAGGCGAAGAUCGGCAGCGAGAUCUGAUCUCCCACAGUCAAAUCACCCGCUUGUACAGCCGCUUCACCAGCCUAGACAAAGGAGAAAAUGGGACUCUUAGCCGUGAAGACUUCCAGCGGAUUCCAGAGCUUGCUAUCAAUCCACUGGGAGACAGAAUUAUCAAUGCCUUCUUUCCAGAAGGAGAGGACCAAGUGAAUUUCCGUGGAUUCAUGAGGACACUAGCCCAUUUCCGACCCAUAGAAGAUAACGAAAAGAGCAAAGACCAGAAUGGACCAGAACCACUGAACAGCCGAAGUAACAAGCUCCACUUUGCUUUUCGGUUAUAUGAUCUAGAUAAAGACGACAAGAUUUCCAGGGAUGAGCUUCUUCAGGUAUUACGGAUGAUGGUUGGUGUAAACAUUUCAGAUGAGCAGCUGGGCAGCAUUGCUGACAGGACGAUCCAGGAAGCUGAUCAAGAUGGAGAUAGUGCCAUCUCCUUUGCAGAGUUUGUAAAGGUUUUGGAGAAGGUGGAUGUAGAGCAGAAAAUGAGCAUUCGAUUUCUUCACUGAUGGAUGGAGAACCUAUUCCUUUCUACCCCUACUAUACAAAUGAAUAGAACUUCAUUUUCUCCUUAGCACCUUUCCCCAGAGCAUUGCUACUGGUGCGUAUACAACACGUCUCCAACCACUCCGUGAUUUGUUCUACCAAUGUGAACAUUCCUUGUGCAUCAGGAACAAAGGGAAAUGGCUGCCAUGCAACUUGGAAAGGAGCAUUUUUUUU